AUGGGUGCUGAAGUCCAGACGGAAUCGAUCCCACCAGCGGCCGAUAACAUUAUGUCGAAUCUUAAUUCCGAAGAAGGGACAGCCAACAAACAGUCAGUGUCUGGCGAUGAUGGAACACCAAAUGGAACGAUGGCGUCCCUAGGGCGACGGGCUUCAAUGGCGGCAACGACAGGCGGUAUCCAUAACAGAGAUGGGCUCGCAGGCCCGAAACGCAUCAGAUACAGGAUCUAUUACAAAGACGAGCAAGGAGCUAUAGUGGAGAAGUCCCAGUACAGGACAUCCAAGCCGGACAUCACGCCUGAUCCUGAAGAAGAGGCCGAUAAAGACGAAGACGAGUACACCAUCCAGCCUGAGGCCGUAUUCGACAUUAUAACGCAUGUCACUAUUCGUGAUGUCGUCGCUACAGAGUCAGUGAGCACCGAAGCUGCUGCGGCAGGCGCUGCUGGAGAAGGAGCGCUUGCUGAAGGUACCGAGAAGCCGCGAAAGACAUUCAAGAUCCGGUCCAUUGAUACGUCGCAAAUGGUCAUUCGCUCCAAGCCGCUCAUUGAGGCCAUCCGGGCUGUCGUUACCUAUUACCCUGGCCAAGAGCUAGGUGGCAACACCAUAACGGUCGAAGAGCCUUAUUACAUGUUGCUCCACCAUCAGAACGAUCUUCGUGAGUAUUUUAGAAAGGAAUCGGAAAACUCCGACAACGCAUCAGCAGGACCCGACAAUACGAACGGCGAACCCGCCAAAGGCGCGGAUACUCAGGGAUACCACGACUUCAAAGUCUUACAAGCAUACCUCGAUGCCGUGUGGAAGAAGAAGAUUGAUCGAGAGAUAUUAAGAUACAAGGAAUCCCCUCCCAAGGCAACAUUCGACAUGCUCUGGAGGCUCUUCAAGCCUGGAAGUCGCGUAUUCGCGAAGGACGAUUUCCGUGAUUCGGAAGAGAAGUUAGCUGGCUUCAUUGUCCGGUCCUUGACCUUGGAUGGGCUGAAUAGCCCGGCGCCACGCCUACACAUUCGCCUAUGGUACUUGGAUAACAUCGGUAACUUCAUCGAUCGAACUCCUCUGAGUGUCACGAUAAACUCAUACGAAGGGGCAAAGGACAUUACAACGUUGCCGGUGUAUCCUGUUGAGAUAAAAGAGGGCGAUUUCACCAUAAAUCUCAACUCUGAUUUGGAGGCUCAUCUCAUCGAGAGAGGGAAACGAUGCUGGAAGAUCCUUGAGGCUGUUUUUGAAAAGAAAUGCCUCGAGGUUAAGUACAAUGGCCCCGUUAUAGGCGGGAAAUCCGAGCACUACAAAGGAAGGGCAGUGGUGGAUCCGGUAGCAUACUUUGCGAGUGAAGGUGCUAUGCCGAUGCCAGAGUUCAUCACGAGCGACAAUGACGUGGAAUACACCGAAAACUCGUACUGGAACGACGAACCGAUCGGCUCGAAAAAGAGGGGAAGGUUCGCGAGCUAUCAAAACAUCUCAUCCGAAUAUAAGAGGAAGCAUGACCUAGAUGAUGGUCACUUCUUUUUGUUUGCUCGGCGUCUUGGAGGUUUCGUCUUGAAGACAAGGCAGUUCCGCAUGCUCGAUAUCAACUACAUCGAGGAACUGAAGAAGAGCGACGCACAUAAAAAUCUUCAGAUACCGGAACGCCGCCUGCAGAUGAUCAGGGCUCUUACUGAAAAGGUCGGCGGUGUAGGGGGAAAGAGCUGGAGCGCAGACACCAUUGAGGGGAAAGGAGAGGGCCAGAUCUUCCUACUACAUGGCCCUUCUGGUGUUGGCAAAACUUAUACGGCUGAGUGUAUCGCCGAGAUGACUGGGCGACCGCUCCUCUCCCUCACCUGUGCGGAUAUUGGCACCGAUGAGACGCAAAUGGAGAAAGAACUCGCCAAAUGGUUUCGUCUCUCCGAACAAUGGCAAGCUAUCCUUCUUAUAGACGAAGCCGAUGUCUACUUCGAGAAACGCGCAAGUGGGCAGCUGCAGAGAAACAGUCUGGUCUCGGCUUUCCUCCGUUCCAUGGAAUACUACCAUGGUAUUCUCUUUUUGACGACCAACCGACUAGGCCACAUCGACGAUGCUAUUCUCAGCCGCAUUCAUCUCAUCAUUGAAUACGAAGAACUGACCGACGAAACCCGGGAAAAGAUCUGGCAGCAGUUCUUUAACAAGCUGCGUAAGGAGCAGGAGAACUUCGAUAUCGAUCCGCGUUUAGAAUCCUAUGUUGAACGCGAUGAAGCCCUACUCACGCUGAAGUGGAACGGGCGAGAGAUUCGAAACGCAUUCCAAACUGCCGUGGCGCUUGCCGAACACGAGGCCAGGACAGCAGAUCCUCCCAAGAAGACUGUGCUUGUGAGGCAGGCACACCUGGAGCAGGUGGUCAAGAUGUCAGCGGCUUUCAAGUCGUACAUGGAGAAUUUCAAGGGGAGCGAGGCAAAACGCGCUUUCAUGGAUGGUGCGCGCAUGGAUGAGGCAAUCAGGCAGUAUGCGAAGGAUAGGAAGAAGCUGUUGGAUAAUGCACGGAAGCUUGCUAAAGGAUAA